AUAAGAACAAGAACUUCGCUAAAUGAAGUCAUAGCUACAUAUACAAUGGGUGAAGUAUCGAUGGAGCUAAUAGUUAGACUUGCCGCAAAUCAUCCUCUCCGUACUGUUAUUGUUGAGACUGGACAGAGAAUUGGUGUGCCUAUUGGACAAUGGCGGAAUUGGAUAUUGCAAAUGACCACCUUUUUGUCAAAUCAAAAUGGAACUAUAAUUGAUAGCUUGGCUUUAUGGAAACGUAAUAUUGACAAGAAAUUUGAAGGUCUUGAAGAAUGCAUGAUUUGCUUCUCUGUAAUACACAGUUCAAACUUGGCAUUACCCAAACUUACUUGCAAAACUUGUAAGAAAAAAUUUCAUUCAACAUGUUUGUAUAAAUGGUUCAAUACCAGCAAUCAAUCAACAUGUCCCUUAUGCCGUAGCCUCUUCUAA